AACAUGAAAAAGUGCAAUGAUCAAAAUAACAUUGACAUGUCCGGACAAGGUAAUGCUUACAAGCUGAUUUGGCUGGAGGUUCUGCUGGAAAUCCUUCUUAUAGGUAAUGAUCAGUAACUUUUACUGCAUUAGCUAAGAAAGCCAUUGUGGUGAUCAGCAUUAUCUUCAUAAGGUGCCCUUAAUUGAUGCAUUGGACUUUUAUUUUGCCAAAAGAUCUGCAAUUUGGUUCAAAAUGCUCACUUAGCUACCCAAUACAUUUUGCUUUAGAAACACCAACUAAUACACCUAGAUUGGUGGAAUUAGCAAUCACCUAAUCCAUCUUAUCAACUCCAAUUUCCAUUCUACCUGGCUCUGGCUCUUGAAAGACCAUAUAUAUAUAUUCCCAUCUAACCUGAUACAUCCAACAAUUCAAAAACAUAUCCUUUCACCAAGCUGUAGAACGAGUCUGUAACAAGGUGUGCAAACUUUUCUGAACUUUUCCUGUAGCCUGUCUCCAACUCAUGGCUACCGUGCAGUGUAACAAUAUCCAGCUCACAGCAAUACUCUCCCUCCUCAUUUUAGCACUUGCAGUCACUUGUGCUACCUCAGCUAGAAUCCUUGAUGAGGAGGUAGUUGCCCCCACACUUCCACCCGAAGGCGCUGAUCCGGAUGACACAGCAGUUCCUAAUGUAACGCCCGGGGGUACUGCUGCUCCAGCUGCAGUCGCAAGUAAUGGAGUUGGUGCUGAGAGUCCCGAUCACAUGCUGACCUUUUUCAUGCAUGACAUUCUAGGUGGAUCAACCCCUUCGGCAAUAGCUGUAACUGGAGUGGUAACUAAUCCAGCCGUGGGCGGCCAAGUCCCCUUUGCCAAGCCUAAUGGUGCAGUCCUGCCCGUGAAUAACGGCAUCCCAGUAAACAAUGCUAAUAGUGGAAUUAUCAACAAUAACAACAUCCCCUUCCUCACUGGCCUCAGCGGAACCGCACCUAAUUUGGUUCAGCAGAAUGGAAACUCAAUAAUUGGAGGAGGGUUUGGUUUCCCAGCCUUAAAUCCUGCACAAUUCCCUACAGGAACUACAUUUCAGUCACUCAUGUUUGGUACCAUGACAGUGUUUGAUGAUGAGCUAACGGAAGGGCACGAGCUCGGUUCAGGCUUGGUAGGCAAAGCACAAGGGUUUUACAUUGCUAGUUCAGAGGACGGUACUAGCCAGACCAUGGUUUUCACUGUGAUGUUUGCAAGUGGCAGCUAUGCUGAUAGCCUGAGCUUUUUUGGGGUCCAUAGAACUGCUGUCUCGGAGUCCCAUCUUGCCAUCAUGGGUGGGACUGGAAAGUACGUAAAUGCCAAGGGACUUGCAACUGUAAAGACCUUCCCUGCAAAUCUCAACCAACAUACUACAGAUGGGGUGGAGACUGUGUUGGAGAUCACUGUGUAUCUUGCUUAUUAGUGUAUCAGCUUUUCUGUUUGAUUGCUUGGUGUGUAUUUGCUAAUGAGUCGGAGAAUUUGAAAACUGAAAUUGAAAUUUGUGCUUAAAAAUAUUUAAUAUUUGAUUUGGAUUACAGUGGUGUGAAAUUGCUUCCAAA